CUUUUGAGAAACAUGUCCUUGCUUCCUUUCCUUUCCUUCUCAGCCUCAUUCUCCUUCCCUUCAAUCCUUACAUGAAGGUCUCCAUUGACAUGGCAAAGGAUGUAGAUACAAGCUUCAGACAUCCUCUUCCUGGAGGUUUGUCUUUGUUAAGCAUGGAUUUCACUUCAAAGGGAAUUUCAUGGGCUGAUAACAUUUGUCAGAAAUGGGGAAGUAUAUGUGUGGAUAAUAUCCUCUCUCAGGAACCAUGCAAGUAUGUUGGUGUGUUUGGGGAACAUUUUAGGAGGAUGUUGGAUGAGGUUGCUGAUGAUUGGCUUAAUCAUUCUGAUGAUUCUGUUGCAGGUCCUGUUUCUGAUUUGUCUUUAGAACAUAAUGUUAUUUCUCAGGUUUGUAAGAAGUCAAGGCUGGGUUUUGAUGAUCUGAAUGCUUCAAUUAAUGGUAUGAAUCAUGUGGCGCAUUGUGAUGAGGAUUCAAACUGUGAAACAUCAGAGAAUUUGGAUGAAAAUUUGGGUUCUCACUGUUCUGAUGCAGUUUUAAGUGCUAGGAUGAAUCAUGUUGCACAAUGUGUUGAGGAUUUGAACUCCGCAACAUCGGAGAAUUCGGAGGAAAAUUUGAGCUCUGACUGCUUUGAUGCAGGUGCAAGGACUAUUGAAUGUUUAGAUGGAUUGUCUAGAGAAAAAGAAGAAGAAGAAGAAGAAGAAGAAGAAGAGGAAGGUAUUGUUCAUGAUAUUGUUGACUUACAUAUGGAAUCCACUGAAGAUUUUGAGGAUGUAAACAUCAAAGAUAUUAUGGAUGACAUUGAAACUUCCAAACUUGUUUCGAUCUCACAACCUGCAUGCAAUAAAGUUUCAUACAAGAGAAAAUUCAGGCAUGCGUUUUAUUCCAAAAUAAUAUCAGCAAAGAAGGACAAAGAUGACAUAGAAGCUUGUUUUACCAACAAUGUUAUGAAGAAGCAAGAUAUGUUGGGAAAUGCUGCAUCUGAAAUAUCAUUGCAGCAAUCUUUCGAAGCUGAUUGGGAGAUUCUGUAAUUUUAUCAUCGACCUUUCUUAAUAAUAAUAAUGUCAGAUAAACUGGCUUGUCCCUGUCUCUCUGUCGGUGAAAUUGUAUAUAAGAGACAAUGGAAAAAGAGAUGUAUCUAUAGUACAUUUUGAAACAUCGGAUGGCUCAAGGAGGAAAUGGCACUGGCUAUAGUCUGCUGAAGGAGGAAGAGUCAAGUUAAAUUCAGGUAUUAAACCGGUGUUCUCAUCUCUUGCAUUGACAAGGGCAAUGCUUGUAUCAUCAGCAAUGUUACCUGCAAAUUGUUUAUAACUUUCACUGUGAUGUAUAUAUACAAUAUGAGGGGGAAUAUUGUUGCAGAAACACUAUUCUGCAUGACUUGUUUCUGUUUUUCUGCAACCAAGCAUUUUAUUAUGUCAACUUGGUCAAGUUCAAUGUU